AUACUUGUUCUUGAAUGUGUUGGAGCCAAUCAGAAAAUGGUAGAAGGUUGCUCUGAUACGGACCGAGGUGUCCCUCAUCCUUCAUUUCCUCGUUCAUAUCGAAGGGAAUGAACGUGUACACGCUCCUUGAACUUCCCAAAUCCUCUCGAGGGUUCAGCUCUAUUUCUCAAAGCAAUGGACCAAGAUCCGGUGCACAACUACGGAAAGUGGCAAGAACAGAUACCGACUUGGAUUCUGCCUCUGCUUCAAGGUCGACAGGUGUAACGAGUGGAUCAAGGAGGAUUCAGAUUUCUGGAGAAGAUUUCCGACCAAGCGUCCUUCCAGAUCCCUUCUAUUCGAUCCGACAUAACAUAUCAGUCAUCUUGACACCAUUUAAGCAACCUUCAUUGAUCGAAUCAUAUGAAGCAGUUUCUCUGCGAGCUCGGUAUAUCGUCUGUGUUGAUGGAAAGGGCGAGGGGCUGUAUAACCUGCUGAAGAAAGAGCUGGAGGUCUGUAUGAAGGAUAAGGUGCUGGAAUCCUUGAUGAAAAAUGGAGAAUGGAUUUCGUUCAUGGGCAGAAUGUGUGAUUGGUUUCAUGGUGCAGUUGGCCUCCUGCAGUCACUUCUAUCUCCUCUGGACCAGGCCUACGUCCCUACAGUCAAAGGAACACGGUCUAUCAAUGCUUUAGCGUAUGAUAUCUUCAAUGACAGAAUCUUCGGUCAUGCUGGAGUUUCUAAGCAACUGAGAGAGAACCUUUCUACAUGGAUUGCUGCCGAUCGGCAGAACUCUUCUGGUGAACGGGCAUCCAGAUCCUCUGUCGCCCACCUGCUCCGUCAUUUCAUUGCCCAUGAUGUUUACUUUGGCUCCUCCCAGUAUGAACAAUACCUCCUUACUUCCACCGAAGAAUAUUACGUAGCUUUGGUCGCCACUCUCAACCAUGAUAUGUAUGAUGACCCCUCAGCUUUCUUCGAAAUCGCGUACGAUCUGAUAGAGGCGGAGGUUGAGAGGGCGGAGGAGGUCUUCCCUCCCCAAAGUCGGCAAUCGAUCAAGGAAACAACUAUCCGGGCCUUAUUCAUUCUACCCAAGGUUGCUGGUGCGGACAACUUUAAUGACAAUUGGUUGGAUAGAUUAAAGUGGUUAGCUACACCGGAAACUGUCAAGGCAUAUGUCACUAGCAACCGUGUCCCCACCAUGGGCAAGAUGUACCAUCUUCUCAGCACGUUGAGCAGCGUUAGCGGUAGUCGAGCACCGCUCAAAGUUCUGAGUAACGCCUGGAAGGUCUAUAUACACAACAUAGUAUCUGAUAUUGUCAAAGUUACAUCUACUGGGUCGGCCGCCCCAGAUCUGGAAGAAAAGAUGGUUCCAAACCUUCUCAAGUUCAGGGAACAGGCUGAGGGAAUCAUUGACGUUGCCUUCAUCUCGAAAGAGACAAACAAACGCGACGGAGAUUUUAGCCAAGCACUUUCUGACGGCUUCAUUUCUGGGUUCAAGACACGGCGAGUGAAGCCCGCAGAGAUGUUGGCCAAGUAUUUGGACGGGAUGAUGAGGAAGGGACAAGCAAAGUUUUUCGAGUCUCUCUCCAAGUCCAAUUCCGCUGACGGAGAUGCUAUUGCGGGCGCAACUCAGAAUGCCCAGGAUACCUUAUUCCACUCCCAUCUCCUUCAAGUUCUUGGUUUAUAUAGGUUUUCCGAGGACAAGGAUGUCUUCCGUACAUUCUACCACCGCCAACUCACAAAAAGGUUGCUGUUAGGCCGCAGUGCGAGUAGUGAUGCCGAAGUGGCUAUGCUGAGGAUGUUAAAAGAACAAUAUGAUUCAGAAUUUGACAUGGGGGAAACUAUGUUCAAAGAUUUGGCACUUUCAACCGAGUUGAUGAAUGAGUUCAGGAAUCACAGGCUCGUCAAUGGAAUGUCUGAUGAUAAUCUGGAUGUCCGGGUUCUACAGAGGAGUGCCUGGCCUUUUGAUGUUAGCAAGAAACAGAUACUAAUACCUGACGGAAUGGAACAACAAUUAUCAAAUUUUGCUACAUUCUACCACAAGAAGCACGGCAACCGAACGUUGGAUUGGGAUCAUGCACUAGGAACAAUGUCAUUGAAGACGAGGUUCAGGUCUCCAGGGAAAGACGUGGUCGAAAAAGAGCUUUCAGUAAGCUUGUACCAGGGCAUCAUCUUAUUGAUGUUCCAAGAAAAGAACAAGAUUAGCUUCCUGGAGAUCAGGGAGGUUCAACAUUCGAUCGAUGACGACGACUUACGGCGCACCCUUCAGUCUCUCGCCUGUGGCAAAAAGAAGUUGCUACUCAAGGAACCUCCGGGUCGAGAUGUCAACGAUGGUGACAUGUUCCUGUUUAAUGACAAGUUCGUGCUGAGUGAGGAAGGAAAGAAGGCUGGUUACAAAAUUCAUGUGAAUAGUAUACAAGCAAAGGUUUCGGUCAAAGAGUCAGCGACCACCAACAGGCAUAUUCAAGAGGAUCGCAAACACUUGCUCGAUGCUGCUAUUGUCAGAAUUAUGAAGGCGAAAAAGCAGUUGGAAUAUGAGCAGUUGAAGUCGCAGACAAUUGAGGCCGUCAAGAGGCAUUUCGCACCUGAAGUCGAGGAAAUCAAAAGCCGUGUCGAAGCUCUGGUUGAACAGGAGUAUUUAGAACGAGCAGAACGGGUACCAGGGCAAAAGCCGAUGUUCAAAUAUGUCGCUUGAUUCAUAGAGGACAGGAGAUUGACGGUAGAACGAGUAAUGAUUGUUUUCUAAAAUGUUGUUGUACAAAUUUGAGUACUCGUAUCUGUAUAAAAUAUAGUGGCGGUGACACCGUGAGA